AUGUCAAAAAAUUAUAGUGAAUCCCAAUCUCUUACAGAGAAUAAUUCCGAUAAGAAAUCAAAAUUAGAUGAUGAUUUAUCAUCGAAUGAAGACAGUAAUUUAAGUUCAAAUAAAUUAAAUAAAAAAAGCAUUUAUAGCAAAAAAUCAAACGUUCAACAAUUGUUAGCAAGAAUAGCACAAGAAAUAGAUGAAAGAAAACCAAACAAUGUAAUACAUUUUAUGGUGGAUUUUUUGUGUAAACAUUACCCUGAACAUUUACACGGUUUCGAGGCAAUAUGGAAUGGUGAUCCUGAUUUGGAACAAGAAAGACUAUUAGUUGUCGAAUUCUUUAAGUAUCAAAAAUUACCAGUAGAGAUAUCAGUACAUUUCAUUAAUGCCGGAUUUGACACAGUAGACACAUUAUGCACAUUAUCUAAUAACUCUCUUGAUGAUGUAGAAAAAUUUAAUAAUACUAGAUGGCUACCUGGUCAUAAAGUCCGAUUACAACAAACCUUUAACGAUAUUACAAACCGUGUACGAAUAUUCAAAGAAGAACGAAAUGUUUUAAUAAAAUGUUUGAAGAGAGAAUUUAUAAACCAUUCUCCAAAUAUGAUCAAUUCAGUUAUAGUACCAAAAACUAUAAAACCUAUUAUGGUACCAGUUCUACCUACUGUUGGGACACCAGUAAAUGUUUCUGCUAGACCAAAUAAUUAUUUAAGUGUAGGAAAAACAUUACCUCCUCAAAUUUAUAGAAGAUCAUGA